AUGUGUCAAAGUGCAAGAGAGAUAACCUUUGGAGUGUCCAGCAACUCUAGUAGAACACUAAUCUUCGAAAGGUCACUAGGAGCGUCUCCAUACCUCUCGCUUUUACUCGCUGAUUCAUCGUACGCAGCACCAACGUCGGGAACAGAUAAGCCAUAUCGAAGACCCCAGUGCUCCGCCAUCAAGAGGUGGCCAUGGCAGCUCAGCCAGACGACUUGCUCAUGUCCCGCUCAAUAUCGCAACAUCAAGCUCAUGGUCGACGAGUACAUGGCCAAGCUUGCCAUGGAGGGCCUAUCAAUCUCAUCAAAAGAGCCUCAGCAAGACGACCAAAAGAUGCAAAUGGGCUAG